UUAACGGCCCCUUUCCCCCUAAUUUUUGCGUUCCUUGUGCUUUCCCUGCUCGGAGAACAUGACCGCCCCCCUGCAGCAGCCCCUUCGCCCCUUUCCUGCUGUACAAGAGGACUCGGUUGCAGACGCAGCGGACACCGAGGGGCGGGCCGAGCGUCACGGGCGAUCUCCAGACUCGGUGUCUCCCCCCGCCAAUGAUUCCUUUAGCAAGCCCAGUUUUCUCCGGACGCGCGCCCGCGGUUUGGCAUCUAAGCCUUGACUUUGUUUCACAGAAGCUGUAACUGUCGCUGCCCGAGCCGGGACUCGAGGGCUCCUUCCGAUCUGUUUCUUUAGCGCGUGGAGCCGCCAGGAAAGCUCCUGCCUUGGGCGCAUCCCCUCGAUGCCGGCCCGUUUUCCAGGCAGCCCCGGCGGUGUCCGGCUCUCGGCCCCCGCAGCCGGGAAGUCUCCUUCCUGGGCUCCCUUACGUAAGCAGCAGCGCCGGGCCGGCCUGCAGACACGGCCCGGGAUCCGCCAUCGGCGGGGACUACGGCCAGCGCCCGGCCCGGCCGCCGCCCGGAUCCGCGCUCCCUCCGGCACUGCCGGCGGCGUGAUGGGCCGAGGCGGGACCUCAGACUCGCCUGCCUCCGCGCUUCUCUAACGAGGCGGUUUAGAAAGCUUCAGACAGCUCCGGGCAGGAGCCAGGCCUCCGAACUCGGAAGUCCCCGUUCGCCUCCUUAACCGUUUCUCCUCCGGGGAGCGGCUCCAGAGCGAGAACGUUCCAACGCGUCCUCGGGCAGCUCAGAGGCGAGGCCGCUAGCGAGCAGGAAAAACUCCGUUUCCCAGAGGCCUCGCCGAGACUCCACCGCGGUAGCUAUGGAAACGGAGACAAGCGGGAUCCGCAGAGAAGAGCCCUCAAGGGAUUGGUGGAGAGAGAGGGGCGCGGCCGGAACAGGCGGGACUAAAGACAGUCUGUUGACGUGUCACUUCCGCACCUUCACGGGCUCUCCCGUUGUUCAGGGGGCGCGUUCGGAAACGCCUCAACUGCUCUCUCAGUUUGGCCUCCUCCUCCGCCGCCGCCGCCGUCGCCGCUGGCGGGGCCCGAGUUCCGUUCCUCCGCGGAGGCGGGGCAGGGGCCGAGACAGGGAGGAGCUGGGAGCCUGCUUUCGGCGCUUCCAGGGAAAGGGGCGGGUCGAGAGAAGGAGGGGCUGGAGCGGCUCUGAGAGCCGCGCGUGCGCAGUUCCCUUCUCUCCCAAGCACCCUACGCGGCUCCCAGUUGCCCCCCUGCGGCGAGAUCAGCUCUGCUAUAGUAUCUCAUCCGUGUGGGCACUGAUCAAUUUAUUCAAAAGAGAUGCAUUUUGGGACAAGUUCAUUAACUCCUUUUUAAAAAUCACCACCUCAGCAGUUCUGCCUUCUGACAACCUGAUUCUUAACCAAAAGCACAGCAUGGCCCCUGUGCUCCUGACUGCCGGGACCCAUCCGGAAUCGGUGACAUUCAAGGAUAUUGUUGUGGAAUUCACCCGGACAGAGUGGCAAUACCUGACCUCUUCUCAGAAGGAGCUGUACAGAGACGUGAUGCUAGAAAACUAUGGGAAUCUGGUCUACCUGGGACUCGCAGUUUCCAAACCAGAUGUGAUCUCCCAGUUGGAGCAAAGGGAAGCACCAUGGAUGCCAGGAGGAGCCCAGAAAAGUAACUGUCCAGAUUGGGAGGCUACUCCAACAACCAAGCAAUCACUUCAGAAUUUGGGCAUUUCAGUAAAAUAUUUAUGGCAAGAAAAAGGAACAAGGAAAAAUCUCUGUUUCUCCACAUUAAAAAAAGCCUGGGAUUGUGAUGCCAUAUUAGGGAGGCAUCAGAGCAAUUUAGAAAAACAUUCUCAAAAAGAAAAAAUAACUGAAAAUAAACCUACAAAUAAAUCUAGAAGCCACAAAUAUAAUAAAUGUUGUAGAAGCAUCACUCAAGGGCAAGUUUUUUUGCCAAAACAAAUAUUAUCCUUAAAAACAAAUUUUUGUAAACGUGAGGCCCAAAGAAAGGGCAUGAUACAAUCUAAAGAACUGGUGAAAUGUAAGAAAACAUAUUCAAAAAAAAAAUUUUCCAAGUAUAAUGAAUAUGGGAAAUGUUUUAAGUAUAAUUCAUACCUUGCUGAAAACCGUAGACUACAUAAUGGAGAGAAACAUUAUCAAUGUAAUGAAUGUGAUAAAGCCUUCAGCAAAAGGGUCAGUCUUACUCAACAUCAUAGAAUUCACACUGGAGAGAAACCUUAUGAAUGUGAUGUAUGCAGGAAGACUUUCCGUCAGAGCACAGGACUUACUCAGCACCAAACAAUUCAUACAGGGGAAAAAUAUUAUGAAUGUAAUGAGUGUAAAAAAGCCUUUCGGAUGAGAUCACAACUUAUUCAACAUUAUAGAAUUCAUACCGGAGGGAAACCUUAUGAAUGUACUGAAUGUGGAAAGACCUUCCGCCUGAGAAUAGAACUUAAUCAACAUCAUAAUAUUCAUACUGGAGAGAAACCUUACAGGGGUAAUGAAUGUGGAAAGGUCUUCGGAUUCAAGUCUCAAUUUAUUCAACAUCAGACAAUGCACAGUGGGGAGAAGCCUUACGAAUGCAAUCAGUGUGGGAAAGCUUUCCGCCAGAGCACAGGACUUACUCAACAUCAGACGAUCCAUACUGGAGAGAAAUGUUAUAAGUGUGGUGAGUGUGAGAAAACCUUCCGCCUCAGAACACAACUUAUUCAACAUUACAGAAUUCAUACCAAAGAGAAACCUUAUGAAUGCAAUGAAUGUGGGAAGGCUUUCCGCCAGAACUCACAGCUUAUUCAACAUCAGACAAUUCAUACUGGAGACAAACCAUAUGAGUGUAAUGAAUGUGGAAAGGCCUUCCGCCUGAGAAUAGAGCUUACUCAACAUUGUAAUAUUCAUACUGGAAAGAAACCUUUUAAAUGCAAUGAAUGUGGAAAGGUCUUCCACCUCAGUUCACAGCUUAUUUGCCAUCAAACAAUUCAUAGUGGGGAGAAGCCUUAUGAAUGUAAUGAAUGUGGUAAGACUUUCCGCCAGAGCACAGGACUUAAUCAACACCAAACAAUCCAUACUGGAGAGAAACAUUAUGAGUGUAAUGAGUGUAAAAAAGCCUUUCGCUUGAGAUCACAACUUAUUCAACAUUAUAGAAUUCAUUCUGGAGAAAAACCUUAUGAAUGCGGUGAAUGUGGGAAGGCUUUCCGCCAGAACUCACAGCUAACUCAGCAUCAUACUGUUCAUACUGAAGAGAAACCUUAUGAAUGCAAUGAAUGUGGAAAGUCCUUCCGGCUAAGAAUAGAGCUUACUCAACAUCAUAAAAUUCAUACUGGAAAAAAAUCUUGCAGGUGUAACGAAUGUGGAAAGGCCUUCCGCCUGAAUUCACAGCUUAUUCAGCAUCAGAUAAUCCAUAGUGGAGAGAAGCCUUAUGAAUGUAAUGAAUGUGGGAAGACCUUCCAUAAGAGUGCUUGCCUUACUCAACAUCAAAAAAUUCAUACUGGAGAAAAACAUUUCAAGUGUAAUGAAUGUGGAAAAACAUUUGUUCAGAGGGCAGUUCUUACUCAACACCAGAGAAUUCAUACUGGUGAAAAACCUUAUGAAUGUAAUGAAUGUGGGAAGGCAUUCCGCCAGAGCACAGGACUUGCUCAACAUCAGGCAGUUCACACUGGAAGAAAACAGUAUAAGUGCAAUGAAUGUGAGAGUGCCUUUAGUCAGAGGGCAGAUCUUAUUCGACAUCAUAGAAUUCACACCGGUGAGAAACCUUAUGAGUGUAAUGAAUGCGGGAAAGCUUUCCGUCUGAGUACACAGCUUACUCGGCAUCAAAAAAUUCAUACUGGAAAGAAACCUUAUGAGUGUAAUGAAUGUGGGAAAGCCUUUCGCUUAAAGACACGUCUUAAUGAACACCAGACAGUUCACACAGGUGAGAAACGCUUUGAAUGUGGUGAGUGUGGGAAGGCCUUCCGCCAGAAGACACAUCUUACUGAACAUCUGUCAGUUCACAGUGGUGAGAAGCCCUUUGAAUGCACUGACUGUGGGAAGGCCUUCCGCUUGCGAACACAGCUUACUCAGCAUCACAUAAUUCACACUGGGGAGAAGCCAUACGAAUGUAACGUAUGUGGGAAGGCCUUCAGUCAAAGGACAGAACGAAAUCGGCACCAUAGGAUUCACACUGGGGAGAAACGUUAUGAAUGUAAUGAGUGCGGGAGGGCCUUCCGCUUGAGCACACACCUUACACGGCACAAGAGGAUUCACACUGGAGAGAAACCCUAUGAAUGUGGUGAAUGUGAGCUGGCAUUCCGCCUGAGGGCACAGCUUACUCAUCAUCAGAGAAUUCAUAGGAGAGAAAACAGUUAAGAGAAUUAUCAUUGAGGGGAGGGUGUUCUCUAUAACAACUGCAUCAUUUACUAGGAAAUAAAUAAAACUUGACUAUGUAGUAAAUAUGUAAUGACUUUUAGCCACAGUACAGGACUUUUAUGAAAUGCCAAGUAAUAAAUACCAAGAAGCCAUAGGUGUAACUACUCCAAGGAUCAUUGCCAGAUAUAUGCUCUAAAGAAUUUGAACUAAAGGGAAAGCCCACAUCUGAAGUAGCUAUUCAAAACUUUCUUUUUUUCAGAUUUCCUCUUCUUCUUCUUCUUCAGAUUCUCUGUUUUUCCUCCCCAGAUUCCAGUAUUUGUUGAGAUUGGCACAGUUCUAUAAGAUUUUUUAAAAUCCAGUUUCAACUUAAUGGACACAUCAAUAAGUGUGGGCUUUUCCUUAAUUCUAUUUUAUUCUAAUUUAUUAUAUUUAACUUCAGAGUGGUUUUAGGCUAAAAGAAGCUUUUUCCAAAUACAUUGUAAUAAUCUUCAGUCUGAAAACUUUGGUUUAUUAAUUGAGCUUUACCACCAUCUAAGAAGAUCCUAUUUCUCUUAAGUCUUUAAUUGUGAAUGCUGACCCUAAAGGAAUUUCUUCUCUAUCUUCCCUUAUGGGGCAGACUAACAACUUUAUCUCCUUAACUCUCACUUUUACCCGUUUUAUAUAUGAUGAUAGAUCCUUUUAUAGACUUAGACUACAGAUACCAAUUUCCUGGAAAGGAUAUAGAAAAGAAUAAAAGACAGGGUUAUCUAUCCCUACCUUAGGAGCUGUAGAAAACUCAGCUUUUGGGGAUAUCCUCUAGCCUAGAUUUUCCUCAUGUUUUUUACUGUAUAUGAAAUAUAAAUUCUCAUGGUCACAAGGGGAAAGCCCUUUAAGAUUCACACUUUGUAUUGUCCCUGUUUCUUCCUUAGGUGAGUUAAGAUUUGACAGGAUGUUCUUUGACACCAUUGAGGAAAACUCACGUUUGAAAAAAUUAUUUUCCCUAUGGAAAAAGCCCUGCCCAGACCUCUGCAUUAAGUAGAAGUCCAAAUGCAGACCUUGGCCUCUGGAUGUUCCAGCUUCAUGGUGGACAUCAAAAUAAAGACCAUUCUUCUUGGUGCAGGGCAGAGCUGUAUCCUGGCUGAGGGAUGGAAAGAGGAGUAAGAAGAAAAAAUGCAUCGGCAGAUACGUGGUUAAGUCAAGUGAAAGAUUUGUGGAGUAGCUGACUUGGUAGGGGUUAUUUAUAGAUAACGAAAGUUCAAUGAAUGGUCAUGAUUGGCCAAGUUGGAACAGAGAGGACAAGGUUAGAAUUUCAGGGUGAUUAGGGUAGUAAAGAACCAGACUUGCUGUUGUAUGCAGGAUGUAUUCAAGACAGACCCCAUAAGGAAAGCUACAAUGACACUGGCUUCAGUGUAAUUCAGAAAUGGCUGUGAACAUAGUUCUAUGAAUCAUAACCUUAAGAGUUAGAAAGGUACUCUGAUACCAUAAUGGUCAACUCAUACUUGAACAACAAUCUCAUACCACAACCCACAGCAAGGAAUUGUCUUAACUUGCUUGAAGACAUACUUUUGAGUAUUAGCCCAUCCCGUUUUUCAACAGUUUUAGGAAGUUUUUUCUUCCAUCAAACUAAAGCUGCUUCUGAAGUUUCCUUUCAUUGUUACUAUCUGGGCCUUUUUAGGACUAUUCUGGGACAGACCUAGCUUAGGGAGAGUCCAGUGAUUGUCUUGAGAAUGGUAUGCAAUGAGAGGUUCAGGGACCAUAUAAUGCAGUCAGGCAUACAACUAAAGAGAAAACAUUAUUCCUUUUCUCUAUGCCUUAACCAUGGCAACAGCCAGAUAAUCUGGGAAAUAUAAAUCUGGUAGAUGUCCUUGCAGAGUAGAAUGAGAGUUAAAAUAAAACUUUUACACCAACUCCCAGUAAGGUAAGCCUUUUAAGCUUCAGGUAUCCAAGGAUUCCAAGUCAAUGGUAAUCCCCAGAAUAGCCUUCUCUUCUCCCAAAGGGAAACCAACCCAACCUACACAAAAUAGAUGCUGCUCCUACUACAUCCCACCCCUCAGUAGCAAGAUCCCAAAGUUUUCUAGAUUAUCUCCCACCACUAAAUCUUCAAACAAUUCUGACCUCAGAAGCAAGGCUACUAUAACAUUGGAGGGGGCACUUUAGAAAUGAUAGUACAAUCUUCUAAAAAGUAUAAUUCCCACAAUGUGUAUAAGGGAACCUCAGAGUAUGUUGCUAAAAAAGCAUGGGUGAUCAAGAGCAGCGUCAGCAUCAUUGGGUGAGUGCUAUAAUGAACCCGGGUAGUGGGCACAAAUAACCCACAGGCCACGGAAAAAUAAGCAAUGUCAUAGCUCUUCACAGUGAGUGGAUAGUAUUGCUGGAAGUAUUCACUGAUAGACUGUAAUUCUGCUCAAAGCAUAAGCCUCCAGUUCUGUCUCAGUAUCCUGCCUCCUUUGCUAAUAUAAUUGGCUCUAGCCUACAAGGAUCCAGUUCAUGAAGAUCCAAGUUUUGCUCAGUUCAUCCAGAUCUUCACUAUAAAUGUAGAUUCAACUGGUUCUAGCAGUCAGAUUCUUUGGUACUGUCAAACUCAUAAAUGGAUAUGGUCUUAUGACUGUAAAUUACAAUAAUGCAUUAUCAUCUUUUUUUGCCACUG